AUGUGUUGACGACUAACGUGAUGACGGCAGUCAAUGAUGUUGAUGCUGGAUGUUGUUGCUACUCUUUAGAGUAAGGCAAGCCUAUUCAAAUUUCAGGUUUUAGACCAACAUACCUUCAGUAAUGUUCUCCCUCUGAAAGAGCGAUUUGUGAACCAUCUCGGGCAAUUGUUGAGUUUGGCUGAAGUCAGUGUCUUAGAACUGCCUCCAUUUGACCAUUUCAUUGAAGUCUCAUACCUUUUUGGAAUUGACAUGUUCGAGGUACAUUCACAGAAAUAUUGGAUAAAGAGUUUCAUCAAUAGAGCUGUAACAUCAGUAAAUGGUAUUGUACAGGAAAUAGUCAUUCUAAAAACAGACUACUUCAGACAACCUACUGUCCUACUGGUUAAAAUAGAAUACCUUCAACGUGAAGUUAAUUUUUACUGCAACCAAUCAAAAACAGUUUUCACUUUCAAUCGACUCAUUUUUCCACUGCCAUAUCUACAUAUUGGAAAUGAUAAGAAGUUCCAAGCAAGCAACAGAAUAGGACUUCCUGUUUUGUUGUCACUGAAUUUAAAAGAGUAUGAAAGGAAACGUCUGUUGAAAAACUAUUUGUCCCUCUCUGUUCAACCUGAUAUGUGCCCUUCAUAUAUAGAGUGGGACUACAAAGGGUUAACUUAUUGCUCCUGGAAUAAAGAAAGCAUUAAUUAUAACAAGCUUUUCUACAAUGAACUUUCAGAUAUAAAGUCCACAGCAGAAGUACUUGCAAAAGAAACCAAACUUUCAACAGACUUCUCUUUCAUGGAAUACAACUCAAAAGAGCCUUUAGAUAUUAUUUCAGACAAUAUCCAGUACCCUCAUGGUGGCCCUAAAAAGUUUGGAUUCAUAAUGAUUCCUAGUUCUCAAGUCAGUCGAUCCCCACCAUCUGCAGCAGAUCUGUUUCUCUUGUGA